AUGAACUCCAUCAAGGCCGUUUCAGUCCUCUCGUUCUUUGCCAGCGCUGCUGCUGCUUGGCCCAUGAACACCACCUCUUCUAGCAGCACCUGGUCAGCUACUACCACUUAUGCUUGCAACCCUGCCCACUCUUACCCUGGCGGAGCCUCUUGCAUUUCUACUGCUGGCUCUUUGACCCUCGUCACUCCUUCCCCCAGCAGCUCUUGGGCAUCUACCACCAGCUAUGCUUGCAACCCUGCUCACUCCUACCCUGGCGGAGCCUCUUGCAUCUCUACUGCUGGCUCUUUGACCCUGGUCACUCCUUCCUCGAGCAGCUCAUGGGCACCUACUACCUACGCUUGCAACCCUGCCCACUCUUACCCUGGUGGAGCUUCUUGCAUCUCGACUGCUGGAUCUUUGACUCUGGUCACUCCUCCUGCGAGCACCACAUACACCACCGUCUACACCACUGACUUCGUUACCUACUGCCCUUCGCCUACGGUCGUCACUAUCAACAGCAAGACCAUCACUGUCACCGCUGCCACAACUUUGACCGUUGCCUGCCCCACCUGCGUCAAGACUUCCGUCGUUACCAAGCCCAUCUCCGCUACUACCAGCAGCGCUCCUGCUCCCAGCGCUACUGGAAACUGCGUCGACAAGUACAACACUUGUAGAACCACUCGUGGUCCUGAUGGCCUUUCCGCCAACCAGGCCCAAUGCGCUGCCGACAACGCAGCUUGCCAAGGCGCUUGCUACGCUGCCUUGGGCGUUUGCCAGACCACUCGCGGUGCUGAUGGCCUCUCCGCCAACCAGGCUCAGUGCAUUGCCAACUACGCUGCUUGCCUCGGCGAGAACCCCAUCGCCUCUACCGGUGGUAUCAUCUCGAGCUUCAUUCCUUACACCGCCACUGCAAGCUCAACUGGCUACACCACUACCACAACUGUCUACACCACUGACUACGUUACUUACUGCCCUAAGCCCACCGUUGUCACGGUUGACAGCAAGACCAUCACUGUGACCGCACCCACCACUUUGACCGUCCCUCAAACCAAGACUGCCACUGUCACCAAGCCCGUCCUUGUUGCUCCUUCUGCCCCUGCCAGCUCCGCACCAGCCUCAUCCGCACCUGCCAGCUCCAAGCCUGCUUCGUCAGCCCCCGUCGCUGCCCCUCCAGCCUCUUCAGCACCCGCUGCUUCCAACACAGUCUGUGCCCCUGCUCAGACUGUUACCGUCACUCAGUUCGUGACUGUUUCCAAGCAGCAGGAGACUUCUGCUCCUUCCAGCGCACCUGCUACCACCCAGAAGCCCUCCUCCGCUGCCAUGAGCUCCAAGCCUGCUUCCUCUGCCCCCGCUAGCUCCAAGCCCGCUUCGUCCGCUCCCGCCAGCUCCAAGCCCGCUUCUUCCGCCCCUGCCUCGUCGGCCCCUGCUCCUUCCGCCACUCCCGCUGGCAAGUGCCCUCUUAACCUCGUCGCUGGCGCCUACGAGUACCCCCACGGCCUCCGCGUCAACGGUGUCAAUGGCUACAACCUCGUUGUCGACAAGAACACCAAGACUGACGUUGUCUUUGACAUCCCCCAGGCUGAUGCCGGCAAGACUUGCAACACCUACUUCACCCUCCCCAACAAGUCCGACCUUGAAACCACCAGCUACACCUUGACUGGCGCUGGUGCCAUUAGCGUCAUGAAGGAUGGCAAGGUUGUCUCUACCUUCACUCCUGUUGCCGGCAACGCCUACCUCAUCGAGUCUGGCAAGUGCGCCGCUGGUCAGUCUGUUACCUACACUUUCAGCACCACCGACUCUGUGAGCUACAACGGAUUCAACGACUACAACCCUUGCCCUCUCGGUGCCUUUGUCACUGUUGCUUAA